AUGCCGAUAAAGAGUAAAACAGUUCACUUUGUUCGCCACUUCCAAUCUACCUGGAACGAAGCAGAAGAAGGACAAAACUUGACGCGCUUCGACAAAGGACUACAGAGCGAUGCUCUCUUGGAUGCGCCCUUAAGCACUUAUGGCAAAAAACAGGCGUUGACGAUACAACAGAAAAUACAGGAUCUGAAUGCAGAAGUCGCCAUCACUUCCCCUUUGAGUAGAGCAAUCGAGACCUGUUUGCUGACCUAUGGAAAUGAAAAAGUGGUUGCUUCACAUCUUUGCCGCGAGAUAGGAGAAUCGCUCUGUGAUAUUGGAACUCUGAAAGAAGACCUGGUCAAGAAGUAUCCGACAGUUGAUUUCAGCAAUGUGCCUUCCAAAGUUUGGUGGUAUGUGGAUGAAAAGCUGAAGGGUCAACUAACAGAUCCAAGAAAAUGCUACGAAUUUGUCUUAAACAACGGAACUUGCAAGUUGGGAGAAACGUACGAUGGAAGUCAUUUUCAGGAAAGAAUCGAGGGAUUUCACGAUUUCCUUCAAAACCGACCUGAAUCAAAUAUUGUUGUUUUCGCACACAGUGGUUUUCUGAGAAGCUUCCUCGAAAAAUAUUAUGGGAGACCAUUUGAGCAGUACUAUCCAAACGGACAGAUUUUAACUUACCAUUUGUAA